CCCUCCAUUCCUUCCUCAAGCUCUGUUUGGAAGCCCCAAAGUUUUUUUUUCCUCCCUUGCAUCUCCCUCUUCUUCCCUCCUGCCUCUCUUAUCUCUCAGCAGCCAAUCGCAGGCUGGCGGAAUAGGCAGCAGAAAGCGAGAAGAGCCAAAGCAAGCCGGCGAGCGCCACCUUCUUAUCCAGCUCUCUCUUUUUUCUACCAGACUCCUGAGCAAAGCAGGAGCGUGGGUCUCUCUAUCUAUCUUUUUUCCCAGCCCAGCCUCGGCUUGGGUUUUUGCUUGGGCUUGGGAAGGGAUGCGUUGCUGCGGUGGAAGCAUCCUCGGCUUGUAAGAUACUGUCCUCUGUUGGUUUGCUCUGAAUAUGUUUGCUGAAGUCAAGUGAUGGGAAGGUACAGUGAAGAGGAAGGCUGCAAGGUGUGUGGCAGUCUUUUAGUGCACAUAAAGUGAUAAACAAAGAGCUAACAGCAUCAUCUUUCCUCCAACGGAUACUCCUAUACAAAAAAAGGAAACACAAUUGUUAACACCUAACAGAAAACACUUUGGAAGAAUGGAAGAAAAACUUCAGAAUGCCAUCUCAUCAUGAACCUCAUCCUGGCACCAUGACUCCAGAUCUCUGGAACUCUGACUUCAGAAGAGUAAACAGCAUCCAGAUCCCUUCAACCAAAAUGGAUCAAAGGGUUUUGCACACUUUCACAAAAUCACCUGGACAUAUGGACAACAGCAGCAACAUUAAAAACAUGGGAAUGAACUGAAGGCCAUCAAAUUCAAAUGGUACAGAACUGUGGUGAAGAUUUGCAAAUAAGAAUGACUCUCAUGACAAUGAAACUGCAGACUCUUACAGGGAAUGAAGUAACCCUAAAGAGUUCAGAUCUGCCUUGAUUGAAGUGUAACAUAAAAUGUUACAGCAGCUUUGCUUCUCAAAAUGGUUAGCCAUAGGGAUUGCAGCUUCCGUUGUCUUCAUAGAUUGCUUGGCCCAGAAUGAUGAUGACUGGCAAUAUGAGGAUUGCAAGUUGGCCAGAGCAGGGCCUCCAGCAACAAUAGUACCGAUAGAUGAAGAAAGUCGGAAUGGGACCAUCCUGGUAGACAGCAUGUUGAUCAAAGGUACAGCAAGAGGACCUGAUCCCACCAUUGAACUGACGUUAAAGGAUAAUGUCGACUACUGGGUUAUCUUAGAUCCUAUCAAUCAGAGGCUGUAUCUUAACAGUACUGGACGAAUUCUGGAUAGAGAUCCACCAAUGUCUAUUCAAUCCAUCGUGGUCCAAGUCCAGUGCAUUAAUCGGAAAGUAGGAACCAUUAUUUACCAUGAAGUUCGGAUUGUGGUUCGGGAUAGAAAUGAUAACUCUCCCCAGUUUCAGCAGCAGCGGUACUAUGUUGCAGUCAAUGAGUUAACACCAGUUGGAACUACCAUCUUUACAGGAUUCUCUGGGAAUAAUGGAGCCACAGACAUUGAUGACGGUCCCAAUGGCCAGAUAGAGUACGUCAUCCAGUACAAUCCCAGCGACCCAACUUCAAAUAGUACUUUUGACAUUCCUCUUACAUUGUCUGGUGCUGUAGUUUUGCGGGAGAGGCUAAAUUAUGAAGAAAAGACACGCUAUUUUGUUGUUGUACAAGCAAAUGACCGGGCUCAAAAUCUUAUGGAACGAAGAACAAGUACAACCACCCUCACCGUUGAUGUCCUAGAUGGAGAUGAUCUUGGACCUAUGUUCCUUCCAUGUAUAUUGGUCUUUAAGACUCGGGACUGUCGACCACUGACUUACCAAGCGAGUUUGCCAGAGCUCACAGACCCUCUACGUGUGAACCCUAUCAAUGUCACGCCACCAAUACAAGCUAUAGAUCAGGACCGAAACAUCCAGCCUUCUUCUGAUCGGCCUGGGAUCCUCUAUUCCAUCCUAGUUGGGGCUCCUGAGGAUUAUUCGCAGUAUUUCAGUAUGAAUGUUACGACUGCGGUACUCUGCCUUCUAAAGCCAAUAAACAGAGAUUUGCACCAGAAAUUUGAUUUGGUUAUUAAGGCAGAACAGGAUAAUGGGCAUCCUCUUCCGGCAUUUGCCAACCUGCAUAUUGAAGUUCUAGAUGAAAACAACCAGAAACCUUAUUUCACAGAAUCAACGUAUGAGGGGUUUAUUUUAGAAUCCUCCCCUGUUGGUACAACUAUCUCAUACAGCCAGAAUCUGACAUCUCCACUGCAAAUCGUGGCAUUGGAUAAUGAUGUGGAAGAGACAAAGGACCCUCUGCUCCAUCUUUUCCUAAAUGACUACAAUACGUUUUUCACUGUGACUCAGACUGGAAUAAUACGCUACCUCACCUUACUUCAGCCAGUUGACAGGGAGCUCCAACAGCUAUACACUUUUUCGAUGACAGCUUCAGAUGGUGUGCAAGAAAGCCUCCCCGUUACAGUCAGCAUUUUUGUGAUUGAUGCAAAUGAUAACUCCCCAACUUUCUCCAACAUAUCAUAUAAUGUCAAGAUUUACACAGAUAUGAGGCCGGGAGAAAGUGUUAUCAAGCUCACUGCCAUGGAUGCAGAUGAAGGUCCAAAUGGGAAGAUCAUAUAUGAAAUCCUGGCUGGAGAUCAGGGAGACUUUGUAAUCAAUGAUCACACAGGCCUUAUCACCAUCGCACCAGGAACCGUUCUGGUGGUAGGUCGUUCCUAUGCUCUCACUGUCAGAGCAUCUGACAGUGCUCCACUCUCACAGCAAAGGAGCUCCAUCACUACUGUUUACAUUGAGGUCCUUCCUCCAAACAAUCAAAGCCCACCCCGCUUUCCUCAACAGAUGUACAGCCUUGAACUCAGUGAGGCCAUGAGAAUUGGUGCCAUUUUGCUAAAUUUGCAGGCCACAGAUCGAGAGGGUGACCCUAUAACAUACAUCAUACAGAAUGGAGAUCCUCAACAAGUUUUUAACCUAUCUCGGACAUCUGGGCUACUAGCCUUAGGAAAGCCUUUAGACAGAGAAAGCACUGAUCGCUACAUUUUGAUUGUUACAGCCUCAGAUGGCCGACCAGAUGGGACAUCAACUGCUACAGUAAAUGUGGUUGUAACUGAUGUAAAUGAUAAUGGUCCAGUCUUUGACCAUUUUCUUCCUAAGAACCUCACAGUACAAGAAGAAGAAGCCAAUGCAUUUGUUGGUCAAGUGAGGGCUACUGAUCCUGAUGCUGGAGUAAAUGGCCAAGUCCGGUACAGUUUGGCAAAUCUCAACCAUCUUUUUCGUAUAACCUCUAAUGGCAGCAUUUAUACAUCAGUAAAGUUAAAUAGAGAAAAAAAGGACUAUUACGAACUCAUUGUUGAAGCAACAGAUGGAGCUGUGGAUGCUCGUCGUACAACAUUAACUCUGGGUAUCAAAGUUCUGGAUAUAGAUGACAACAGCCCAGUGUUUACUAAUGCUUCUUAUACAGUGACCAUUCCUGAAAACCUGUCCCCAGGCACAGUCUUCCUACGUUUAGAGGCUAAAGAUACUGACCUUGGAUCUAAUAUCACUUAUGGAAUACGAACUGCAGAAGCACGACAGUUUUUUAAACUGAACAGAUUUACAGGGGAACUGUCACUUUUAAAGUCCUUGGAUUUUGAAUCAUUUCCUGAUGCAGAUGCAACUUUCACAUUUUUGGUGGAGGCCUUCGAUAUUGGGGGAACAAUGCCUCCAGGACUUGCUUCGGUCACUGUGAGAAUAAGGGAUAUGAAUGAUUACUCCCCAGUAUUUAGCAAACCUCUAUACAGGGGAAUGGUAGCUCCUGAUGCAAUCAAAGGAACUGUCAUCACAACAGUGGAGGCUGAAGAUCAGGACCCUCCGGGGACGCCAGCCAGCAGAGUGCGGUAUAAAGUAGAUGUAGUCCAGUUCCCUUAUAGUGCAAGUAUUUUUGAUGUUGAAGAAGAUACUGGACGUGUAGUGACCCGAGUGAACCUAAAUGAAGAGCCUAGUACAUUAUUUAAGCUUGUUAUUAUUGCCUAUGAUGAUGGUGACCCUGUGAAGUUCAACACCACCACUGUAGAAAUUUCAGUAUUACAACCUUCAGUAAUUCCACGUUUUACACAGGAUGAAUACAGGCCCCCUCCUGUGAGCGAAGGUGCACCCAAAGGAACUCAAGUUGUUGUGGUAACUGCUGCUGCCUUGAAUCAGACCAUUGUCUAUUCUAUUGUUUCAGGAAAUGAAAAUGGUGUGUUUGCUAUUAAUAACAGAACAGGUGUUAUCGCUAUCAGAAAACCUUUGGAUUAUGAAACGGUGAAAAACUAUUUACUUCGUGUGCAAGCAGACUCAUUGCAAGUGGUCCGUUCCAAUUUGCCUGUUCCGUCUAAAAGUAAUACUGCCAAGGUGUUUAUUGAAGUACAAGAUGAAAAUGACCAUGCUCCUCUUUUCACAAGAAAGCUCUACAUAGGAGGUGUGUCUGAAGAUGCGAGAAUGUUUGCUUCGGUGAUGAAAGUAAAGGCCAAUGAUAGAGACACUGGCAACUACAGCGCUAUGCAGUACCGACUCAUCGUUCCUCCAAUCAAAGAUGGCAAAGAAGGCUUUGUCGUUGAACCAUAUUCAGGACUUAUCAAAACUGCAAUGCUUUUCAAAAAUAUGCGACGAUCUUAUUUCAAGUUUCAGGUCAUUGCCACUGACGACUAUGGGAAUGGACUGAGUAACAAAUCAGAUGUACUUGUCUCUGUGGUCAAUCAAUUGGAUAUGCAAGUCAUUGUCUCAAAUGUUCCUCCUACAAUCGUGGAACAGCACAAGGAUGAACUGAUAGGGAUUUUGGAACGUUAUGUUCAAGAUCAGAUUCCUGGUGCAAAAGUUGUUGUCGAAUCCAUUGGAGCUCGCAGAUUUGGAGAUGGCUAUUCAGAAGAAGAUUAUUUGAAAUCGGAUCUUAUGAUCUACGCAAUUGACCCUCAGACAAAUCGUGCUAUAAUGAGGAAUGAGCUUUACAAAUUCCUGGAUGGCAAGCUUCUAGAUAUCAAUAAAGAAUUUCAGCCGUAUCUUGGGCAAGGAGGACGCAUUUUGGAAAUCCGCACUCCUGACGUCGUGGCCAAUGUCAAGAAGCAGGCACAAGCUGUGGGCUACACAGAGGGGGCCUUGCUGGCUCUGGCUGUCAUCAUCAUCCUUUGCUGCAUGCCUGCCAUUUUAAUAGUUAUAGUCAGCUACAGACAGAGACAGGCUGAAUGUGCUAAGACAGCUCGGAUCCAGAUGGCCUUACCAGUUGGCAAACCAGCAAGCGCUCCUGCCAAUAAUCUGUAUGAAGAACUCGGUGACAGCACCAUGCGAGGAUAUGCACAGCAAGAGCAACAGCAAUUGCUGAGACCUUCCCUUCUCAGACCAGAGGAACUUUCCAUGGAAUCGGGAAUUGAUCCUGGCCAAGAGUACUAUGGGCAAGAUUACUACAGUUAUGAACAUGGGUACGAAUUGCCUCAAUACGGAAGUCGUCGCCGAUUGUUGUCUCCUUCUGGAAUGUAUGAUGAGUAUGGUGAAGUGGUUGUCGAGGGUGAAGGUGGUUACUAUUAUAGUCCACAGGGACCUACAGCAGAAGCAGAGGGGAGAAGGCCAAUUGCAGGUCCAAGCAGAGGUGUAAGCCAGAGACGCAGGGCUCCAGUAGCUAUUAGUGCUGUAGGUGAAAGAAAGGCUAUAAGAAAAGGUCCCAGCCAGGGAAGAAGGAAACUAAGAGCAGUGAUGCAGCUGAGCCGAUUAGCAGUUAGUGUUCACAAGCCAGGAACAGCGGAAGCAACACCAUCACCCUGGAAAAAAGCAAAGAUAUUCCCAAUGAUGCUACAGAAAGUAAAAGGCAAAGAUGCAGAUUAUGCCAAGCUGACAGGAGUGCGACCUGAAGAAGGAGACGAUAGCAUGGUUAUAAAAGGAAGCUAUUUCCAAAAAGCUGCAGGAGAUGCACCAUCAACAAAGAAGCGCAGUGUUGUUUCCAAGAAACUUCGAGAACGUGGUACAUCUGAAGAAAUGAGUGAAUCAGAAUCAAAGUCAGGAAUUUCAAUUAGUGUCACAGCAGAAAGUGAUUCUGAAGGGAGUGACUACAGCAAGAAGAGGAGGAGAACAUCAUCUUCCGCAAGUAGUGAAUCGUCGUCGUCAUCCGGUUCGUCAUCAUCAGGAUCAUCAGCAAGUAGUGCUUCUGAAUCUCGCUCAGAUAAAGAUUACUUGAAAGUGACACUGGACCAAGAUGAAACCACAGAAAGCACCGUGGAUUCUGAUGAAGAACGUUCAGGUUCAGGUUCGGGUUCGGGUUCAGGGUCAAGUUCAGGUUCAGGUUCAAGUUCAUCUGGAUCCUCAUCCAGUAGUGGCUCAGAAGAUGAAACUGAAGAAACAGAGUCAAAACUGUCAUCGGUACAAAGUUCAGUUAAAAGUGAAGUAGUUUCCAAGUCAGAAAAAAAGAAGAAACCCAGGGCCAGUUUCAGAAAAAAAUCAUCUGCUACUGAGAGUGAAACUGUAACAGAAUUAUCAGAAGAGCCAUCAUCAUAUGUGGAAUCUGGUGACUAUGAAGUGUCUUCUACCACUGAAAAAACUGUUUCCAGCAAACAGCGUGGAAGCAUUGAAGGAGAUAUUGAUCCAGAUGUUAGUGAAGGAGAGAGAACAACAACCAAGAGUUCAACAGCACCAACAGAUUCAGAUAGUGGCACAAAAAACGAGAAUAUGGCUAAAAAAAGAAAAGCAGGACACAGUGAGCAAUCAUCUGUUGAUACUAAGAGAACUCCGGAUACUACAGAAUCAGAAAAUCCAAGUGAUACCACAUCUUUUUAGAAAGGAAAAUGUGAAUAGUAGGUUGAUAGUUUGUAGCAAGCUGUGGUUUGUUGUGCUCUCUCUGUGUGCAGUGAGGGGGAAAGCAUGCCAGUACAGGAGUUUAAAAAAAAGUG